GUAUUUUCAGCAGUAGGUCAAUGAUAGUGUUGCAGAUCUACAGUAACCGAAUGUUUCACAGUUAUGGCUUAUUCAACAAAAGUGCAGAUAAUUUUUGUUUGGAUUUUUCUUGGGGGCAUCUGCUGUUUAAUCAACUGCCCUGUGAACUCGGCUUUGAAUCUUCCGUGUUUCGGAAUCUCUCCGGAAUCUUCAAGAGAGGCAACCACGAAAAAGCAGAUAGCAGAUGGAAAAAUAACAACUAAGACUACAGUAAUAAGAGAACAUUUUGAAAAUAGAAAUUUGUAUAUAUUAUAUAUUGCGUAUAAUUCAGGAGCAAACCUUGAUCUGGGAUGUGGAGAAAUUAGUCCGAUAGUGUGCUAUGAACAAAAAGAUAGUGAGGAAAUCCAGGAUGCUAUCAAAGCUGAUGAGCGGGUUUCAUUCAUGAAAAAAAUAUAUGAUGAAAGUUCCCCGAAUAAAAAGAAAAUUGUUAAUUUGAAUAUUGAUCCCUUGAUAGAAGUAUCCAAUUGUUUCUCUCUAAAUAAUAAACCGUACUUAUUUCAACGAGUGAAGAGAGUCUACAAACUUGAUGCAGCCGUCACUGAAGUGACAUAUCCUUUGGGAUAUCCAUUCAUAGAGUUCAAAACGUUCGAUCCCAAGGAUUCUUUUGAAUUCUGCAUCACAUCGUUUGUACAUAGCUUUGGAAGGCAAGAAGUGCAAUUCGACAAGGAUGUAUGCAUAUACAAUGUUGGCAGCGAUUUUGAGAAGAAACUUUUUGCUGGUGAAUCAACACUCAGUCGGAGCAGCGUGGAGUUGGAGAAGCAGUCGUCUCUGUACAGCUCAACAGGUAAAUGCACAAAUAGUGGAGCAGAUGAAAGUGAAACAAUGAACGGUCCAGCAAAAAGCAAACCAUCUCUGAUAAAACGAAUCACGAAAAAAGCCUCUAGAGCGCGAAAUAAUAACGUUAAAAAUCCAUAAUUUAUUCUAUAGUGAGGUCCACGUUAGAAAGAUGGGAGAGCAACGUUGCCGAUCCUCUGUCUUGUAAGGAGGGUAACUGAUACCGGUUUAUUGAUGGUUUACUAACUCAUUUUUUACGAAAUUGCCAAACGAUUUUAAAAUUUUGGAAGAUGUUAAAAGGUUUGGUAUUGAGUUGAAGUAAUAUUUGGUAGGCCUAUCCCUGCAUUCGUUACAGGAAUUUUUAUAAUAUCUUAUGUGUAUGACAUUAAGUAUUUAGGCUAUAUUCAUUAGUUUUCUGUGACACUAUUCAUAUGUAUUUCUACAUGUACCAUGAAUAGAGAUUUUUUUAAUUCAAUAAUUCAAUUCUGAUAACUGUUUAUUCUCGUUUAAAAUAGUCAACUAUGUUUUAUCAAGCAAGAGAUUAUAUUUCAUAAUGGAUUUCCAUAAUAAAGAUUAAAUAUUUUGUCAAAUGAUAUUAUCAAUUCUACAUUGUUAAAAGACGAUCUGGAAGCAGAGCAGAGCUAGAAAGAGAUAGCGCUAUCUGCUUUGUUGAAUGAGAGACAAGGAAAGCAACACCAUUGCUAAUCAAUCACUGACAUUGUAACGUGGACCUCACUAUAGUAGGAUUGCUCUAUCCAAUAAAUGAAUGAAUAAAUUAAUAUUGUAUCUAACAAUCAUUGUUGAUAAACUGUGAGCGAUGGUUAUUGUAUUUUACCUUCUUGAAUCAGUUAUGUAAUAAUUAUUACAAUUAUUGUUCUACGUCAUCUUACAGUAAUUUAUUUUUAUUGUAUUAUUUUAUUUGUUUGUCUUUAUGAGUGAUUCACUGUCAUGAUAGCCUCACUGUCAUAACAUCACUCUGAUUGAUUGGAUUAUAAAUUUAUCCUAAUAUAGUAUGUGGUAUUCUUAAGUUUUGUUUUGUUGUUUUCGCCACACUGCACAGGAAUCAGCUGUUUCCCAGUCCCUAAGUAGAUCUGAAAGACAUUGUUUGCAGACGACUCUCGUCUGGCGUCAGAACAGGUUUUUUUCCGGCUAAGGCCGGAAAGAGUACCCUUUCCGGCCGCUAAAUUUCAAGUGUGCUAAAACAGCUGCCUCAGCCGGAAAGAAACCUGUUCUGACGUCAGACGAGAGUCGUCUGCGAACAAUGUCUUCCAGAUCUAUGUAGGGACUGUGAAACAGCUGCUUUCUGUGCAGUGUGGCGAAAAUAGUUAUUUGUGCAACUAGUGCGCAAAGUGACAGUUUGCUGCAUUGAAAGAAACGUUUACGCCUGAGCCGUAGGCGAGGGCGGAAUGGUUUCUUGAGUGGAGCAGAGGAACUUUGCUCACGUAUUUCACAUAAAAUUUUUCCUACAGUUACCAUUGAAUAUGAAAAGUGGGUAAUUAUGGGUGAAAUUGCCUGAAAUGCAUCAAAUGUUUGUGUGCGUGAUGCUGUUAUUAAUAGAUAAAAUUGAAUAAUGUGGUAGUGUUUGAAUGGCGGGGAGGCUGUGUGCUGAAUGUGGUGGCUGUCAUCCACAGCUGUACACGAUGUCCUUGAUAUUAUUAUAACGUGGGCCUCACUAUGAGUGUUACCAACUUAAUUUUGAUUUUGCUGCACUGGUGCUUCAUAUAAUCCACUAACUAUUUUUCGUUGCCAUGUUGCAACGUUGUUGGAAAAAAAAUUUCCUGCACUAGAGCGGAAAAGUGAUUCUUUGCAUUCUGUAAUCAGUGCAGGAAUGGCCAUUUUUCAAGGUAACUGUAAGAAAAAACUUUUCAUUAUUUGAGUUUAUUAUUCAAUAAUUAAACCAUUUUAUAAUAAUAACAUCUUAUUGUCAUUUGAAAGAAUAAAAAAGUAUAAACUCAACCUCCCACAUAAUUGAACAUAGUCUUUUAGGUUAUUCAGAUUACCUGAGAUUUGCUAGAGCUAUGACCUUCCACUUUUGCUUUCAGAAGUGCUUGAUAAACAAUUAUUCUGAUAUAUAAAUUGUUUAUUUUUCUGUGUGGCGAAAAAUAGUAUUCGAACCACAGGCAAACAUUUUUUUAGGCUCUCAAUAUUUUCUAGUCCUCGGCCUAGGGCCUGGGACUUGAAACCCGAUUUCGAGCCGGAAAAGUCUCAUUUUCGGGCCUAGGUGCGAAAUAUACUAUUACGUUCUUGAAUCAGUUAUGUAAUAAUUAUUACAAUUAUUGUUCCACGUCAUCUUACAGUAAUUUAUUUUUUUGUAUUAUUUUAUUUUUUCAUCUUUAUGAGUGAUCCGCUGUCAUGAUAGCCUCACUGUCAUAGCAUCACUCUGAUUUAUUGGAUUAUCACUUUAUCAUAUAGUAUGUAGAAUUCUUAAGUUUUGUUUUGUUGUUUUCCUAAGCCUUUGUGAUUCUUGUAUAAUAGAUAAUAUACUACUUCCAUCUUUGGAAUAAUUCAAUUUUGAUUGUAUUUCACUUGUUACUUUACCUGAAUUGGAUCAGAAUAAGUUAACUGCAUCACACAAGGUAUCUAAUGUUGGCAGUGCCAAAUAUCACAUUUUUAUAAUAUUGUUAUACUCAAGCUACAAUCAAUGUUUAUUUGUAUUGUUUACUCUAGUGAAAAUAUUGUUCAAGAAGUUAUUUUUGGAAAUAAAAUUCAAUUCAAU